AGCAGAUUCAUUCUUACACUGACUCACGCACUGCUGUUAAUCGUCGACCAUGGCCUCCUACAAACUGCCUUUCGCUCUAUCAGUGGAAAACCUGAUCGGAUCAGCACCCGACGCCGUGCCGGACAUGAGAUCGUCCAGUCCCGAGAGUCUCCCGCUGAAGAAGCGCCAUCUCCUGGUCGCCGCCGCGCCCCUGCCGAACUUGAGCGCCGUGACGCUGCGGAGUGACGGCGAGACGUCCGAGGACGAGGAGAUCGACGUUGUGUCGGAGUCGUCCUGCGACGACCUGCAGACCACAGACGCACCAGCCUCACCAGCUUCCAGCACGAGUUCAGACCGCUCCAGCCCAGCACCUUCCUGCGACGACAGCCCGUCCCCCUCCCCGGCAGGCCGCAAGGCACGCACGGCCUUCACCACGGAGCAGGUCAUGGCCCUGGAGGAGCGUUUCCGCCUGCAGAAGUACCUGUCCGCCGCCGACCGGGAAACUCUGGCCAAGGCCACGGGACUGACCGACGAGCAGGUCAAGACGUGGUUCCAGAACCGCCGCAUGAAGCUGAAGCGCCAGCAGCAAGACUUCGCCACCUUCCCGCUGCACGCCUCCGUCACCGUGCCCGGGAUGCCCGGCUACUCCCCACAGCCCAACCCCUGGUACGACUCCGCGCACUUCGUCCCGUCCCUCGGCACCGCCGUCUGUGGUCUGCGGCCUCACAUGCUGCCCCAGCCCGCCAACACCGUGACCACCAGCCGUGGGAGCAGAUACUCACCGUACCCGUCUGCCCGCGUGUCUCCGUCCGGCCGCAGCCACCACCAGAUGACCAACAUGUACAUGUCUCCGUACCAGAACAACGUGGCAGGGCGCACUACCACAACGUACCCGGUGUUUACAUGUAAACAUCAGAGACACUUGCAAAAGACUUAUUUUUAGUUAUUAGGCUCUUACAGGCUGCUGGAUAGCCAUUACUAUGGCAGCUGGAUAGCCACUACUAUGUGCAAUAUGUUCAUCAUUCUGUAAGAAAUAAUGUAAGCUACUAGUAUAUGUGCCGAAAUAUUCUAUGCAGAGCUUGUUAUGUUUGUAAGAAAAGUUUUGAGAUUAUAAUAUAUUUUGUGGCUAAAAGAGAAACAACUUGACCAGAUAACAUAUUUUUGUAAGGUCUUCAGUGAUAUCUUUGAUAUAACGAGAAUAAAUGAAGUUAACUUGA